ACACGAAAAGGGAUUGGCAGAAGAUUGUUGAUAGGCCACUGUGAAAAACAUGUUUGUCUGAACGAAGAAGAGCGGAAGGGGCUUUAAAGUAAUUUUAAAAAAUAGGUCGAAGGGGACGCGAUUGUUAACCUUGGUUUGGUUGUGACCAGCACAAUGCGAUGUGGGAAAGCAGGUGAACAAUUUCACCUUUGAACUAGCUGAUUUGUCCGUCUACCUGGAACUGGACUAUUUAAAGGCCUGCGAUUUCUUUGGAAGACACUCACUUCACCUUUGCAAGUUCUCCAGUCAACAGCACUCCAAUUCCUACUACUUCAUCAUGAAUACCUUCAAAACUGUCGUUAUGAUCUGCGCCAUGUUGGCUGCUUCCUGCUCCGGCCAAUACUUGUCUCAAUCUUCCAGCCAAGGACCUCAAUCCGGAAGCGGAAUGAUGGGCAGCCAAUUGCCGUCGUACGUCGCCCAAGCCCAGCAGAGCAGCCCGGCCCUGGAGCAGCAAAGACCGGCCUUUACCGCUGAACAAUCCCGACCAGUGUCCAGCGGCAGCUCUUCUCUCCUUGGCGGAGGCGCAUCUGCUCCGGCCACUACCCAGCAGAUCUGCUCUUGCAUCACCAUCAACCCCGCAGCAGCAGCAGCAUCAUCCGCCCAGCAAUCCGCCCCUGCCUCAUCGGUUGACUCCACUGCCCAGCAGACAUUCUCUGCCCCUGCCCAGCAGACCUUCGCUGCUCCCCAACAGCAGACCUUCUCUGCUCCUGCCCAGCAGACUUUCGCUGCUCCUGCCCAGCAACAAUCGUUCACCGCCCAAUCCGCUCAAUCAUACUCUUCUGUCCCAGCUGUUUCCCAGCAAGGCCCCGCUCAGCGCCCAGCCAGCACUGGAUAUUAACUUGUUUAACAUUCGUGCCAGCUCUUUCACAAAUAUCUUGACUCCCUUCGUCAUCACAUCUUUCUUCUGUAAUGCGAUAACAAUUCACAAUUACACUCAUUCUUGAAUCAA